GGAGUGGCGUGUGGCUGGUGGGAACUGGGGUCGGGGGGAGCGGCGGGGAAAAGCUGGGCGCAGCAGCAGCUGCUGCUGCUGGAAGUCCCGGCGAGGAUGCAACGCUUGGCUCGCCUGGUCCGCCGCUCGCCCUGGCUUUGCAACGUGGGGUUGUACGGCAGCCUCUUCGCGGCGGGGGAUGCUGUCCAGCAGCACCUCCGUCUCCGGCCGGGCCAACGCGCCGACUGGGCUCAGACCCGGCGGGUGGCGUUGGUGGCUCUGACCUUCCACGCCAACUUCAACUACCUUUGGCUCCGGGGGUUGGAGCGGCUCUUGCCCGGACGAGGAGCCGGCGCCGUGUUGGCCAAGGUGGGCUGCGACCAGCUGGUAGGAGCGCCCGUGGCCAUCCUGGCUUUCUACUCCGGCAUGAGAAUGCUUCAGGGAAAAGAGGAUAUAUUUGCAGACUGCCGGCAGAAAUUCUGGAACACAUAUAAGACAGGGUUGAUGUACUGGCCUUUUGUACAGCUCUCCAACUUCAGCUUUGUUCCUGUUUACCUGCGGACAGCAUUUACCGGUUUUUGUGGCUUCCUCUGGGCCAUUUUCCUGUGCUUUUCACAACAAAGCGGAGACGGAACAGCGACGUCGGUUUUCAAGCUGUUCCAUGCGGAGAAGGCGGAUCCAGGCAAGACGUCUUCAGGGAAAUAAACCAUCAACGGAACCAAGAUGACCAAGGCUUAGGACCAAUCUCGUAUUUAUGAUUGUUGCAGCAUUCCCACGAGGGGUGGUAUUCACUUACCGCAUGCACGGAGCAUCAAAAAUGGGACGUGAUGACGUCUGGGCGGUUGGGCGGAGCCUCCCGCAGCCACCGCUACCGGUUCGCACGAACCGGAUAGAACUGGCUGAAGACCACCACUGAUUCCCACGGUCCUGUGAUCAGAAUUUGAGCUCUUGACAACCCGGCAUAUAUUAACAACGGGUGCAAUGUCCCAGGGGCGUGUGUGAUCCCAAUUUGCAAUCUUUUCCAGCAGGGCUUCCGACAAGCGAAAUCAAUGGGGGUAAUAUGGAUUUGCUUAACAGACUUGCGUUUCACCUGACAACUGUAGGGAUUCACUAAAGAUCGUGGCCAAAAAAAAAAAAAAAGCCCACAGAAUCAGGUGCGAUUCAAUGCACAACCGCCUUGCUAGCAACAACAAUUCUAGUUGCGGUCGUAAGUCAAGGACUACCUGUAUGUAUCCUGUAGUCGUAGUUGUUCAUGAUUAAGAUUCUUACGGAUAAUAUUUUCUGUACGUACUGGAACAUAUUCUUAUUGAAAAAAAGCACACAAAAAGCAAUCUAAAUGAGGUGCAAAAAUGGAUUUGGUAAGGACCUCCUUUACAAAUAUAUUAGAGGGGGAGGGGUUAGGGGUGAAAUGCACUUACCUUCGCUACCAGAUCGCAAAUGUGAGUGCGCACAGAGGGUCAAAAACGGGAUGUGUUGAUGUCUGGGCGGGUGAGCGGAGCCUCCUGCUGCCAGCCUUACCGGAUCGCGUGAACCGGAUAGAUCCGGCUGGAUUUCACCACUGGGAGGGGUGCUAUCAAAAUUUUCUUUUUAUUCAAUAACAGGGAGGCAAGUAAAACAUUUCAAUCUUGUUAGCUGUACUGUAAUUCCCAUAUUUUUAAUGCCGUCAAAAUGUGAUACCGAGAGGUUGCAUGCUACGUAAUGUAUUUCCUACGUAAUUUUUCUAGUCCUAUCCAGGUUUUUUCCCCCCAAACAGUGUCUUAUUCUGCAAAAUCCCUUACGUGUUACUAUUUUCAAAACAAUGUUGUGACUAAUACGGGGGCUGGCAAUUGUGUAAAUUAAGAAAACUCCUGUUGUUCAAUGCAUGCAUGUUUAAUGAUCUCCGGCUAAUGGAACAAUUGGAGAGCAAAACACUUUUCGUACGCUGUUUAAAACUG